GGGGCGCACGCGCCGUAUUGUACUACCGAAAUGAAAAUUGAUACAGAACGAGUAAUCAUUGAAGUUCAUCUGCGGCCCGUUUUGUGGGAUAAACGCAAUGAAUUAUACAAAAACAGGGACGCGAGGGAGGCUGCAUGGAGAGAUAUUUUGAAGGAAUUGGCACCUAACUACGAAAAUUUGAGCGAAGAGGAAAGAAAAGUGGCGGACAAGAAAAUACAACAACGCUGGCGAACAGCAAGGGACACUUACCAUAAAGACAAGAUAUCUGAAAAAAAUCAGCCAUCCGGCUCUGGGAGUAAGAAGAAGAAGAAAUAUUCUUACUAUGACAUUUUGACUUUCUUAGACAGUACAACGGAAACUGCUGGAGAAGAGUCACUCUGUGAAGAAAUGUCUGAACAAAGUAAUUUAGAAACACCUAAUGAGUCCACGCAACCAGGUACUUCACGUCAAGAAAGUUCUCAACUAACAUCACAACGUAAUUUAGAAACACGUAAUGAGUCCACGCAACCAGAUACUUCACGUCAAGAAAGUUCUCAACUAACAUCACAACGUAAUUUAGAAACACGUAAUGAGUCCACGCAACCAGAUACUUCACGUCAAGAAAGUUCUCAACUAACAUCACAACGUAAUUUAGAAACACCUAAUGAGUCCACGCAACCAGAUACUUCACGUCAAGAAAGUUCUCAACUAACAUUACAACGUAAUUUAGAAACAUGUAAUGAGUCCACGCAACCAGAUACUUCACGUCAAGAAAGUUCUCACCCAACAUCAAAACAAAAACAAGUAAAAUCUAAAAAGCAAGCACCAUCUGAAUUUGAGGCACAGUUAUUAGAAUGCUUAAAGUCUAAUCAACUGGAGCUAGAAAGUGAGGAUUUGGCUUUCUUUCAGUCUCUGCAGCCUUCAUUAAAAAGAUUCACUAGAUAUCAAAAACUAAUGUUCAGAACAAAAGUGUUAAAUAUAGUUAUGGAAAUGGAAAGUCAAACACAACCUGCAUACUACAGUCCCAUACCUACAACAAGUUCUAGUGCUUUUACUGAGCUUGACAGUUUGUCACCGAUAAAUCAAGAUUACCAAACCAAUAGUAUAAUCCAGGAUACUUCGAGUCUUAACGACAAUGCUAUUAGUUCUGCUGCAGUGAAUGACAAUGAAACUCUUAUUUCGACUGAAAGCGGCUUGUUUAAUAUCACGUCUUAUGACGUAAUUUAUACCCCAGCAACAACAUCGUCUACAGGCGAAAGAAAUGUCAACGCUCAGGAUACAAAUUUACAAAGAAAUGAAUGAUGUAAAAUUUGAUUUUUUAAUUUAUGAAUAAAACUCUUUUUAUUAAAAUGAGUA